CGAAUGUAUUAAUAGGCUAGUUUAGCCGAAUAACUAGUCCUAACUAGCAUCAAGUCCGUAGGUACAAGUAGAUUACCUCUCAUGGAAGCAAUUUGUUGAAUCAUACAAGAAUAAAACCAAGCAUUACUGAUCAAUGAAGUUGAGCUCCCUAAUCUCCGACAUUCAUCCUUCUGCAGAUCCAUUGCAAGAGCAAAAUGUUGGACCGAGAUGGAUCAAUGGAUGGAUGGGAAUAUCGGCACCAAAAGUUUGGAUAUGUUAGACUAACUCUAACGCAUACAUGCAAAUUUAGCUUCCCACGCAAGCUCUCAAAUAUUCGUGUUUAGCUUUCCAAAAGAAAUAUUAUCGUGUUCAAUAAAUCAUACUUAUUAGCAUUCUAAAUUGUAGUUUUUGCUUUAUCUUUUUUUAUUAUAGUUCAUUACUACUUUAGAUUCAACUUUCAAGAUGAUGGGAUACAUACUUGACUUCCAGCUUUCUAUCACAUAUUCAGCAGUCAGAUCCCUACAAAGGGCUCCUUUAAAUAGAUCUACAUGAGAGCGUAUCUCCCAUUUGGUUUUGGAGCACCCACACUUGUCCUUUACAUUGCGGUGCCCUUUAGUUGCAUGUUCAAUGAUGGCAAGACCCCUAUUUGUUGGUUUUCCAUCAUCCAAUAGAUACCAAAUCAAAUGAAAGCCUGAUAUUCUCAAUUGCUCACAAUAGCAUACUAGAGUAGAGGGUAUGAACGAAGUAGCUAGAACCAAGUGAAAGGAACGUGAAAACAAAUUCUUUGAUAUAAUCUUUUCAACUCCGAGACAAAACAAAAAUUCUAAAAAUUAGUUAAUUACUAUGAUCAAUCUCUCUUUUUAAAUUUAAACAAACAAUCCCCCUCAACCUCACACACAAAAUCAAAAAUUUAAGGAAAAAUCAAAAUAAUAAAAGUGUGGACCUGUCAUUGGGAGGAGCUAGACGCAGAGUGGGCGGCUGCGCCGCACGCAUGCGGGAUAGGUUCAAUGAUGAUCGCUCAUAAUCUCUAAAACAAACACUCCAAAACUGAAUACAUCAAGUUUCCCCAAAAAUUUACCUUGCAUUGCAUAUUUCGAAACUAUAUAUAUCCUUUGUGAAAAUAGGAAAGUCCAUGCCCAAAUUUCCUUUAUUCACAUUGAUUAAGAAAAUAAAAAUUAUUUUUUGAAUUCGUUCGGACUUUACACUCACUAAGUUUGGACGAUUCUACUCAUACUCCCUUGAGUCUCAUCCAUAUCAAACAACCUAGCCAUUUUGAAAUGUAAAGCUUUGAGGAUCAUCUCAUCGUCUAACAAAAUGUUGUUGACUUUUUAGAUCUCGAUGGGUAAUCAUAUUCCUCAGCCAAGAGUCUUCAUGAAUCAUGAAGAUAAAUCAUCUCUCAUGUUAUGCCUGUGAUAAUUUUGUAUUGUCUCUCCCAAAAAGAAUUGUGAAACCGUACCAGAUGUUUUACCACAAAAAAAUAAAAAAUAAUGGUAGACAAUAUUGUGAUUUAAACGUUACUCAAUCGUUGAAAACCUUCUAUCAAUUUAGACUCGAGUAUGAGGUUUUUCCGUAUUUGACAAUCACUCCUCUCCUCUCCUCUCUUCAAUUCAUCCAUCCUGGGCCUGAUCCGUUAGGUCUUUAUUAAGAACGUUGACAGGCUUCACUGAAUCCGGCCCGUUCGGGUCACAAAACCCUAGUCAUCCCCUCCCUGCCCCUAUAAAAUUCCGCAGCCUGGCGGAAUAGCGAUUCCUAGCUCAGAUCAUCUUUCGUCGGCGUUAGUGGAAGGUAUUAGGCAACUUCUCCGUCCAGAGAAAGAAAAAUGUCGUCGGACAAGACGGCACAAGCAGUUACAAUCCGUACCCGCAAGUUCAUGACCAACAGGCUUCUUUCGAGGAAGCAGUUCGUCAUCGAUGUGUUGCAUCCAGGGAAGGCUAACGUUUCCAAGGCUGAGCUGAAGGAGAAACUUGCAAGCUUGUACGAAGUGAAGGAUCCGAACACGAUAUUCGUGUUCAAAUUCCGUACUCAUUUCGGUGGUGGGAAAUCGACUGGGUUUGGGCUGAUCUAUGACUCUGUGGACAACGCCAAGAAGUACGAGCCGAAGUACAGGCUGAUUAGGAAUGGACUGGCUACUAAGGUUGAGAAAUCUAGGAAGCAGAUGAAGGAGCGAAAGAACAGAGCUAAGAAGAUCCGUGGUGUGAAGAAGACCAAGGCAGGAGAUGCGGCCAAGGGAGGCAAGAAGAAGUGAGUUCAACAUGCCAACGGUCAAGCUUUUGUACUAGUAGUUGUAGUGUCGGGCAACUUUUCCUUUUAUCAAAUGUCACUUUAGCCAUUGAAGAACUUUUACAGUGUGUUUGCAAAAUUGUUGAGGUAUAUUUCCGAGUUCAGUGUCUUUGAUGAAUCUGCUUGCUCCAUGCUGCUUGACAUGUUUGUGGGUUGUUAAAGUGUUGUGGAUGCAUUGUAGCUUAUGAAAGGCUAUGAGCUAUUGAAUCAACCCAAAACCAAAAU